AUGCGUCGUCUUGUCCAAAUCCGCGACGGAAAUCCUGAGACGGUUCAGUUGUGGCUAGCUUUUCUCCAAAAGCACGCCUACUACGGCAUUGGUAUGAAGGCCAACGUGUGGGACUUUGGAAAGCUUGGUGUCGGCAGGACUAUGGAUGCCAUUAAUCCAGAGACGACUGAGGCAAUUGACUCGCAGUGGAACCACCUAGGUCAAAACCGGGAGCUUGAUACAGUCGAGAAAGUGGAGGAGUUUUUGGCUACGGUCCGGUUCGAUAAGGACAGUGGCAAGCGAUCAGAGGGGGAGCGGCGGUUCCUCCAGACUCAAUGGAAGAAAGACGAGGCGGCCAAAAGGAAGGCAGCUUUGAACGUCUGA